AUGGAAGCUGACGGUGAAGGGGAAAUGGAACUCCUGAGUAGCAGCAUUGCAGCCUAUGCACAUAUCCGAGAUAACCUGGAGAGUGUGGGCCUCUACUUCGUGCUGGGUGUCUGCUUUGGUCUGGUGCUGACGCUCUGCCUGCUGGUCAUUCACAUCUCAUGGCACCCUCAAGCCAUCCCCCCCAAGCACCAAAAGAGCCUGCAGGACUUGAGUGAGGGCGAGGAGGAGGAGGAAGAAGAGGAGGAGGAGGAGGAGGAGGAGGAGGAGGAAGAGGAAGAAGAUACAACCAACCAUGCACUUUCUGUCCCCACCUUAGCCAUGACAGAGCUGCCCCUGGUAUCCCCCAGCACCCCUGAUGAAACCCUCACAAUCAGUGUCUUUGCUUCGGCUGAGGAACUGGAACGUGCCCAGCGUCUGGAGGAGCGUGAGAGGGUCCUCAGAGAAAUUUGGCGUAAUGGGCAACCAGACAUUCUAGGAACCGGGACUGGGACCAUCGGGAGAGUCCACUACUAUUGAUCAACCUCUUCUUUCAUGCCUAAGCUGAGUAGGCACUCUUUGAGGCACUGCAGCAAUCACAGACCUUGAACUAAGAGGGAUAAUGGCGGGUGGGAGGGGAGAGGUCUUCCCCAAUGUAUGUGAUUGACUGUGAGCAUCACACACAGCCAGUGGGAGCCUCAAGGAUCAAUUGGGCAGGACUGUGGCAGGGACACUAAGAGGACCACUUCUAGGUACCAACUUCUCUGACCCUGUGGGGGUGGGGAG